GUUCCUGGAGUUCCUGGUCUGCCUGGUCACAGUGCGAUGAGUGUGCCGGCUCGUCCGUUCGAACCAGACAGUGCAACAGUCCCCCUGCCAGGUUUGGUGGCCUCCCCUGUCUGGGCGAGAGCCGGCAGAGCCGCAGAUGUCACGACAACGUCACUGUCUGCCCAGACUGCGGUGGUGGUCAGAAGGAAUGGCCAUGUGGGAAGCCUUGCGCUCGCUCCUGUUCAGAUCUCCAUUCCGACACAGACUGCUUGGACUCCCCCCGGUGCAUCCGGACUUGUGGUUGUCCAGGCGACAUGCUGCUGCAGGACGAAGUGUGCGUGGCCAGACAGGAGUGCCGCUGCAAAUACCACAACGGCUCAGCUACCGAUGGUUUGGAUUCCAGGAACGCGUCAUGGGUGUGGCCUGGUGGAUAUGACUGGCAGUUUGCAAAUCCAGGGGAUAUCAUCAUCAGUGACUGCAAAAACUGCUCGUGUCAGGGUGGCGUUUUGCAGUGCCGGUCUGUUCCCGGUUGCCAUGUGGAUGGGGGCUGGGGCCAAUGGGGAGCCUGGACCGAGUGCUCUGUUCCUUGUGGCGGAGGCGUGACGUUCAGGAGGCGUUUGUGCGACAACCCGGCCCCUCAGGCCGGCGGCAGAGGCUGCCUGGGUGCACCGGAGCAGAAGAAGGACUGCAACAUGCAAAUGUGCACAGACUCUGUGGGCCCGUGGCUGCUCUGGUCUCAGUGGUCUUCUUGCUCGGUGAGCUGUGGCGGAGGGCAGCAGUCCCGUUCUCGUACCUGCACCUCUCCCCCUUGCCACGGCGUCAGUCGCCAAAGCAAAAUGUGCAACACACAAGUCUGCCUUGAUGUGGGCUGCCCCCCCGGUAAACUGUACAGGGAGUGUGAGCGUGGAGAGGGCUGUCCCUUCAGCUGCGCUCAGGUCAGUGGCAGAGAGGGCUGCUACUCUGACAGCUGUGACGAAGGCUGCCACUGCCCCCCGCACACCUACCAGCACCGUGGAACGUGUAUGCCGGAGUGUCCGUGUCUGGUGGAUGGAGAGUUCCUGGCCCGCCUGCAGAGCGUGUCUGUCACACCCGUAUCAUCUCUGCUCUCCAACAAUGUCUCAGAAGGGAUGGAGCUCAUGUCUGGAGAUGAACUCACGCACGACUGCAGCACCUGCGGCUGUGAGCAUGGCAGGUGGAACUGUUCGCUGGAGCUCUGCCCCGUCGACGGUGGGUUGUCACCCUGGGACCCCUGGAGCCCCUGCUCGCUCUCCUGUGGAGGUCUGGGAGUGAAGGCUCGCUCCAGGACCUGCACAGAGCCGGCCCCGGCCCACGGUGGGAGAGACUGUCAGGGGCCCCGCCAUGAAACCACCUACUGCCAGGCCCCUGACUGUCCAGCUACUGUUGUUCCAACAGUGGAGCCAACUAUUCCAGAGGAGGACUCCGGCUUCUCUUCGUGGUCGCUGUGGAGCUCCUGCACCAAAACCUGCACCGACUUUCAGAGCCCUGCUGUUAAGUCUCGUCAUCGACUCUGUGCCAAACCUCCCUGCUCUGGAAGCGCUGACCAGGAGAAGGCGUGCAACCUGCCCCAGUGUCCAGGUGAGGUGUGUGUAGGAGCCACCUGCCCUCCAAAGAACUGCUCCUGGACGGAGUGGGGGACAUGGGGGUCCUGCUCUCGGUCCUGUGGGGUUGGUCACCAGCAGAGGAUCCGAACCUUCCUCCAGCCUGCCGGUAACGGUUCCUGGUGUGAGGACAUUGUUGGAGGGAACCUGGAGCAUCGCUUCUGUAACAUCCGGCCCUGCAGAGUGGACGGAGGCUGGUCCAGGUGGAGUCCCUGGUCCCGCUGCGACCAGCGCUGCGGCGGCGGCCGCUCCAUCCGCACCCGCUCCUGCUCCAGCCCCCCGCCCAAGAACGGGGGCAGGAAGUGUGUGGGGGAGAAAAACCAGGUCAAGCCGUGCAACACCAAACCUUGUGAUGAUGGAGGCUGUCCGACGGGCCAGGAGUUUGUGUCGUGUGCCAACCAGUGUCCUCAGCGUUGCUCAGAUCUCCAGCAGGGCAUCGAGUGCCAGGGCAGCACCGAAUGUCAACCCGGCUGCCGCUGCCCUCAAGGUCGGUUGCAGCAGGACGGUGUGUGUGUGGAGCUGUGGCAGUGCGACUGCGUGGACUCGCUGGGCGACAUGUGGACAGCCGGCAGCUGGCACCAGGUGGACUGCAACAACUGCAGCUGCUCUGACGGCCGGCUGCUCUGCACCAAUCACAGCUGCCUGCCCGCCUGCGCGUGGAGCUCAUGGUCCAGCUGGGCAGCCUGCAGCACUUCCUGUGGACGGGGCCAGAGAACCAGAUACAGAUCCCGGAUCCCAGAGACCGAAGGAACAGACUGCAACUUUGAGGAGGUUCAGCACAAACCGUGCAACCCUGGACCCUGCCCUCCUCUCUGCCUUCAUGGUGAACAGGAACUCGGAGUGGGAGACACCUGGCUGCAGGGAGAGUGUCAGCAAUGCAUUUGUACCCCAGAGGGAAUCUACUGCCAAGACAUCGACUGCAGAGUUGACGGUGCCUGGACGCCCUGGUCAGUGUGGUCUGACUGCUCAGUGACCUGCAGCCAAGGGACGCGGGUCCGAACCCGAGCCUGCAUCAACCCCCCGCCACGAAACAACGGCUCGCUCUGCAGCGGAGCGGCCAGAGAAUCGCAGCACUGCCAGACGCCUCCAUGUGUGGAUGACCUUUGCCCGUGGUCGCCAUGGUCACCGUGCUCUCGGAGCUGCGGCGCCGGGUCGGUUUCUCGACGCAGGGCGUGUGUGUGUCAGGAGGGAGGGGACGCGGCGUGCCCGCCUGAAGCCGAGGCCGUGAGGAACAGAGAGGAGACCCAGCUGUGUUACCACCGACCGUGUCCCGAAUGUCCCAUGUCCGCGUGGAGCGUUUGGUCUCGCUGCUCGUGCGAGUCUCAGAGGCAGCAGCGAUAUCGCGUAGCGCUCACCUCGGCCACCGGGGGGCAGCAGUGCACUCCUGUAGAAACCCAGAGCUGGGCGUGCGGCCUCAGUCAGUGUGACAGCUGCGAAGCCCCGUUUGUUUACUCGACAUGCGGAGCGCCUUGUGAGAAGCAGUGUGCUCUGAUGGGCAGAGAAGAUCUUUGUCUGGGGGUCAGGGAGUGCACACCUGGCUGCUACUGCCCUCAGGGCCUGCUGCAGCAGAACGGCAGCUGUGUUCCUCUGCAGCAGUGUGGCUGCAUGUACCUGGGGCCCCAGGCUUCAGAGGAACCUCCCACACCCAUCAUCGUCCCUCAGGGGGCCACGGUCACUAUAGGCUGCAGCACCUGCCUGUGCCAUGAUGGGACUUUACAUUGUGACAUGAGAGAAUGUGAAGUGGUCCUCAGUGAGUGGUCCCAGUGGACCCCCUGCUCUCCCUGUGCCCCCCUGGCCUCCCAGCAGCUCGCUCCGUCCCUGGAGGCGCUCGUCAACGGCACCAACCUGGCCUCCGUCCAGAGACGUUUCCGGGCCUGCCUGGACAUCGAUUCGGGUCUGCCUGUCAAGAGAGAGGAGGAGAGCCGAUGUCCGGGGCCGCUGGUGGAGGACAGGCUCUGUCCAGAUGCCGCCGUCUGCAGAGGUGAUGCCGUUCAUUCAGGAGGACAUCGCACAUCACAGCCAUAUAUUGUUUUUUUUAUUUUUUUUUAUUUUGCCAGAGUAUUUUUUUUUUUGUGUUACUCCACAGUGAGGAAAUGUUUGGUUUUGCUGACACUGAGCUCACUUCUAAAGCAGCAGACUCAGGAAACCUGUCAGAGUCUGACAAGCAGAACAUCCCAGAAAACACCCAUUUUAUCCAGUCGGUGUGGUGAUGAAACCUACCUGUUGUGUUGCUUUCAUAAGAAAACAUAAAGCCGGGUUACGGCAUACGGUCAGUCAGACAGUCAUCUGUGUUAGGAACACACACCGUACAAUGAAACACACAGCUUCUGCUUCACAGUUAUUCACUGGGUUGUGUUGGUCACUAAAACACACUGAUGUUUGUGAUGCAAUGUGAUAACGACAGAUUAACAGAGUUUGGCGUGUGAAUAUUUCAACAAGGCACAAAGUCAACUUCACUUCAAUUUACCAAAACAAGUUUUAUGUCUGAUUAAUUA